UGGCGUCGCGGUUUGUUUAUGACUCGGAAUUUGUGGUAUUUUGACAAACUUUGUGCAUAUAAUACACACAUCCUUCCAUAUUGCUUGGUGUUUGGAACAAUUUAGUGACACCAGUCAGGGAAGUAUAUCCCUUACCCUUUAGUACGCUGGAUACGUUUUAGUUAUAGAGAGACUCUAUAACUUACAACGAUACGAAGUGUCUCGAAAGUUCUACCUCAAAGAUAACUUAAACUUACUUUGUCAGAACCUGUGGAAUCGCUUUGUAAGCAUGGCAGGUAUCUAUAUCUUAGUAUUCCUGUAUUGCAUGCCGUAUUCCACCCACUCUUUCAACCUGACUGAGGGGGUGUUCUUCAUGCAUCAGCUUAGUGUCUCAGACUUUGUGUCAGAUGCUUCCCACACAGAGGUUAGGUUCACAGUGUCAACCAAGGGCUUACCUGACCUCCCCAAGUGGCUCCGCCUUGAGCAAGAUGACUCAUCUAAACCUGCAUAUUUAUAUGGCUCUCCUACAACAUCCAGUGCAAAAACGUUGGACUUGGAGAUAACUGGCUGGGAUAAAGAAGAUUACUCUGUUAAGCGCAAGGAGAUUACUCUGCACAUUGACCAUUCUCAGGAUGUGUUAAAGUAUCAAGCAGAAUUCACCAUCAAGAGUGCCAAUCUGGAUAUAUUCCUUGGCAGUAACCAGCCAGACACAUUCAAGUCUCAGGUGGAGGAAUUGUGGAAGGCUCCACCAAGAGGGAUACAGGUCACGAAUGUGGAGUCCCUCUUGGACAGGGGCGGGAGGGUCCCUGUACCUCCAAACAAAGAGGGGGUGUUCAUUGCUGUUGGUGGUGAAAAGCGGUACACUUCAUUAGAGAGUGACUAUGUAGGCUGUCCUCAAGGACUCAAACCUGAUGCACAAAAAUUCUUUAGCCAGUGGGUCAUUGAUUGGUGCAAGUUUCAACUGCGUGAACUCUCCUCUGAAGACCCGAAGCCUAAUGCCUCUGCUAGCACAGGGGCUGCCUCUGGGGCGCCAUUUCACCAGACAGAAUAUGCUCCGCCUGUGCACCAUCCUGAAGCCCGUGACUUUGGCCUGCUGUUUGUGGUGGUCCUGCUACUACCCUUGCUGAUUGUGCUGAUUAUUGCCAUCUUGUUGGGCUGUGUCAUGUUUUGUUUUAGGGAGGGCAGAGCCAAACGUGAUCAAAGGACUCCAAGGUCCCAAAUCAAUCACCAUGACUCCAUCUUGCGGACUACCUUCCAGCUUCGCCAGAUGGCCUACGAUAACGACGUGACGCGUCCAUCGACUGCCGCCAGCAGCCACGACCGGGACCGGGAUCCUAACCCUAACGAGGAGCGACCAGCGCACACUUCUACCCCGUAUGCACGCUCCAACGAACCUAAUGAUGUCGAUGGUCCCCGUGGGGCCCCCCCACCGUACCGCAUGCCACCUCCUGCUGGUGUUCAUGUCUCCUCCCCUGACGGGUCGAAUCAGUAUUAUCCCAGUAGCUAUGGCCGACCGCCUAGUUCGCAAGGCUCACUCUCAUCUGCUUCGUGAGUACUGUAGCCCACCUUCUCAUCAGAACAAAACGUCACCUUUCAGCAGCCAACAGUUCUGAUUUGGAACGAUAGGGAUAGGAGUUUUGUAUAAUUUUAUUAUAUUUACCGUAGAUUGUAACAACGGUUAUACUAAAUCAGUCGCACAAAGUAUGACUGAAACAAUUGAUGGCAUGUUAAGGUGUACAUACAUUUGAUGUAUGUAUUGCAACUUUUUAGUAAAAUUGUUUAAAAUGAUGGGAUGCAAAAACUGUAGAGUUAAAAAAUAAUGAAUAAAAUGAAUCCUUUUUAUCAGA